CCGUCGGCGCCGCAGCGCCGCAAGCGCACGUCGUUCAGCCCCGAGCAGCUGCAGCUGCUGGAGCUGGUCUUCCGCAGGACCAUGUACCCCGACAUCCACCUGCGAGAGCGCCUGGCCGCGCUCACCCUGCUCCCCGAGUCCAGGAUCCAGGUGUGGUUCCAGAACAGGCGAGCCAAGUCGCGGCGUCAGAGCGGGAAAGCCUUUCCACCUUCCCCCAGGCCCGGGCUCUUCCUCCAUCACCCUGCUCACGGGACUGAAGCAAAAUGCUUGAAGCCCCAGCUGCCUCUUGAGGUAGAUGUGAACUGCCUGCCCGAUGCCAACAGGGCCGGAGGGGGCAGCUCUGACCCUGGCUCCCAAGGUCAGAAUUGCGAAACCUAUUCUCUCCCUGAAGACAUUGGUUCAAAGCUGGACUCGUGGGAGGAACACAUCUUUUCUGCCUUUGGCAACUCUUGAGGAUUCUAGAAUGCAGGACAAGCUCGGAGGAGCCAGGACUGACAGCCAGGGAGACACAUCGGAAUACUGUCCUUUCUGGCAUCCACGUUAGGGACACAUCCAUGU